UCUGUGUGGACAAAUCACGGUGACCUCACCAAGGCAGCUCGCCAAUCGCACACCAGCACCCAUGGAUUCCUCCAUGGGGCGGAGCUCUGUGAGUCUUCUCGUUGGGCUCCUGGUGCUGCGGUUCAACAGGUGCUUGGCGGUGGACGGCGGAGGCGUGGCGGAAGUGGGCGGGGCGUUUCCGCUGGUGGUGAGCACCUGGCCGUUCCGGGAGGCGGUCAGGGCGGCGUGGGAUGUGGUCUCGGCCGGUGACGGAGGGGGUUCGGCCGUGGACGCUGUCGUCGCCGGCUGCUCCGCCUGCGAGGUGCUCCGCUGCGACGGGACAGUUGGUCCAGGUGGAAGUCCAGAUGAGAACGGUGAAACUACACUAGAUGCUCUUAUAAUGAAUGGGGCAACAAUGGAAAUUGGAGCUGUGGCUGCCAUGAGAUAUGUUAAGGAUGGGAUUAAGGCAGCAAAGUUGGUAAUGGAGCACAGCUUGCAUACUCUGCUUGUUGGCGAGAAGGCAACAGACUUUGCAAUUUCAAUGGGCCUUCCAGGACCAAUUAAUCUAAGUUCUCCAGAGUCACUUGAGAAAUGGGCAAACUGGAGACAGAAUCACUGCCAACCUAACUUCUGGAAAAAUGUUGCUCCUGCCGAUGGCUGUGGCCCAUACCGUCCUAUCAAUUUAGCACAAGCUUUGGACUCUGUAAAGCAUGAGGUAGAAGAGAAUCAAAGAGGUGUUUGCCAGGAAUGGUUCCAAAGUGAUAGUUUACUGGAGCCAAUAAACUCCCAUUUGAAGUUUAUUGAUCGCCACAACCAUGACACUAUCUCUAUGGCGGUGAUUGACAAGAUGGGUCACAUAGCCAUUGGGACAUAAACCAAUGGUGCUACAUUUAAAAUUCCAGGAAGGGUCGGUGAUGGACCAAUACCAGGAUCUUCUUCAUAUGGUGAUGAUGAGGCCGGAGCUUGUGGAGCAUCUAGCGAUGGUGAUAUUAUGAUGCGCUUCCUUCCAUGGUAAUGAAGAAAUGACUAGUAUUAAAAGUU